AUGCUGGACGGGCUGAAGAUGGAGGAGAGUUUGCAGAGCGCCCUGGACCCCGCGGCCCCCUUCUCUCUCCUGGGUAAAGCCGCGACCCCCAAGUCGGUGUGUGAAGGGUGCCAGCGAGUGAUUUCGGACCGGUUCCUGCUGCGCCUGAACGAUAGCCUGUGGCAUGAGCAGUGCGUCCAGUGCGCAUCCUGCAAGGAGCCCCUGCACACCACCUGCUUCUACCGCGACAAGAAGCUCUACUGCAAGCUGGAUUACGAGAAGCUCUUCGCGGUGAAAUGUGCCGGGUGCCUGGAGGCCAUCGCCCCCAGCGAGCUGGUGAUGCGAGCCCAAAAGAGCGUCUACCACCUGCGCUGCUUCUGCUGCUGCGUCUGCGAGCGGCGCCUGCAGAAGGGCGACGAGUUUGUGCUGAAGGAAGGGCAGCUCCUCUGUAAGGGCGACUACGAGAAGGAGCGGGAGCUGCUGAGCUUGGUGAGCCCAGCUCUGUCGGAUUCUGGCAAAAGUGACGAUGAGGACAGCAUUUGUAAGGUGGGCCAAGCCUCAGGGAAGGGUGCUGAGGAUGGGAAGGAUCACAAGCGGCCCAAGAGACCCCGGACAAUCCUGACCACGCAGCAGCGGAGAGCCUUCAAGGCAUCGUUUGAGGUCUCCUCCAAGCCCUGCAGGAAGGUGCGGGAGACCCUGGCAGCUGAGACAGGGCUGAGUGUCCGUGUGGUGCAGGUCUGGUUCCAGAACCAGCGAGCAAAGAUGAAGAAGCUUGCCAGGAGGCAGCAGCAGCAGCAGCAGGAUCAGCAAAACACCCAGCGCCUGAGCUCAGCCCAGCCAAACGGCGGUGGUGGCAGCGUGGGGCUGGAGGGGAUGCUGAACCCCUACACCACUCUGCCCCCACCCCAGCAGCUGCUGGGCAUGGAGCAAAGCGUCUACGGCUCUGACCCCUUCCGGCAAGGGCUCACCCCGCCGCAGAUGCCCGGAGACCACAUGCACCCCUAUGGUGCUGAGCCCCUCUUCCACGACCUGGAUAGUGAUGAUACCUCGCUGAGCAACCUGGGUGACUGCUUCCUUGCCACGGCAGAUGCAGGGCCACUCCAGGCACGAGUGGGGAACCCCAUCGACCACCUCUACUCCAUGCAGAACUCCUACUUCACCUCCUGA